AACGUUUUCGCGGAAAACACUUAACGGUUUUCGUGUUUCGAAAGUGCAAAUAGCUUUAGUCGCUAUUUUAUUCAUUCAGCCAAGAACUUGGUAGACUUCGUGUUCUACGGCACGUUCCGUUGUUAUUAAGUGAUCUGACCACCAUCCAAGUUUCGAGGCCCCUUACCACUCUUUAAAUUCGAGUUCCGGUUCGUGCAUUGCCCAAUUUCGAAGCGUGCGACACGUUUAUUUUAUGAGGUUUCAUCGUGUACUCCAUAUGUGUGUUCUGCGGGGUUCUUGACUUAUGCCUAAUUACCAGUGACGUCGAAGCCUUUUCAAAAAAUGUGUCAACCACGAAAUUUGUCAGUUCUCUGGUAGUUGUUGAAAGACACUCGAGUGUGACACUGCAAGUGUUGGUUGGCUUCAUAUAAUUAAUCCCAAAGUGUGGAGUACCCCAAAAAAGGAUACUCGGACUCAAGGAAUAUCUAUUUUAUAGGGUGUGUCGUCGUCGUCGCCGCCGCCCGAUUUUACCUGUCAUGAGCUAGUGCCUCUAACCAGUAACCCCACAAUCUAAAAGAAUGUACAACGAACCACAGUCGCAGUCGAGUGGCCAUGGCAUUGGCAGCAUGGACUACAAGAAGGUUCGCUUAAAAGGACCAAGGCAGCGAAAAUCCCCUAGUUAUGUAAGCCCCAUCCACAUCCAAGUCAUAAUACUCACCGCACUAAUCAGCUUGGUGGCCUCAAAUCGCCCGCCGCGCUUCGCUAUCGACGGGCAGUCAGAGAUUGUACUGCGUCUUAAGGAGAGUCCUGAAACGAAAGUGGGAACCCUGAUAUACACGCUAAAGGGCUACGAUCCGGACAACGAUCCGCUGACCUUUGGCAAGCGCAACUCGCAUGAUAGCGAGAUCAUCAGGAUAGAGAACACGGGUGGCAACGAGGCCAAGAUCUUUUUGGCCAAGGAACUGGAUCGCGAGCUGCAGGACGAGUAUUCCAUAGUGCUAACACUGACCGACAGUCAUUACAGCGAUCACAACUAUGUGACGCAGAGCUUUUUGCUCCUGGUUGAGGACAUAAACGAUAAUGUUCCCACCUUUCUGCCCUACCAAAAUGCCAUCGAAAUACCAGAGGGCAGUGCUCCGGGAGUGGUGAGCACGCUGGAGGCCACGGAUGCGGAUGAGGGCGCCUAUGGCCAGGUGGUGUACUAUCUGCAAGAACUGGAUGGAGAUAAUGAUGUGUUCAGCAUAGCCACCCAUCAGGGUAAAGGCAUAUUGAGGUUGCAGAAGGAGUUGGAUUACGAAAGGAAGAGUCUGUAUCAGCUGAGAGUGCUGGCCAUCGAUCGUGCGAAUCAGGGACCCAUAAACACUGGUACUGCUGCCAUUCUGGUGAAGGUUAAGGAUCUGGAGGAUCAGCCCCCGGAAUUCGUAGAAGUUCAAGCAGUGGCGCGAAUCGCCGAAGAUGCUCCUGUGGGCACAAAAGUUCUGAGAGUUCGGGCCAUUGAUGGAGAUCGUGGGAUCAAUAACCCCAUAGCAUAUUCCCUGGAGGCCAAUGAUUUAUUCGACAUAGAUCCGCACACGGGAGUAGUUCACACGCUCACUGAAUUGGAUCGAGAGGAGCAGAGUGAUCAGGUGAAUGGUGCCCACAUCUUACGGAUUUCAGCCACCGAGCUGUCCAAAUCGAAUACCCAACUGGCACCCACAACAGUUCGGACUGAAGUUACGAUUAUAGUGAGCGAUGUGAACGAUGAAAUACCCACUUUUGCAGAAACCGUAUAUCGCUGUGAGGUAAAUGAGAACGCCCAGACCAACACCCCGCUUAAUUUCAUCGACGAGGAAGUACAAAAUGUGGUUUUCGAUCAUGAUGAGGGCAACAAUGGCACCUUUCGCUUGUUCCUGGAUCCGCCCAACGACCUUUUCGAGAUCGUACCCGAGUUGGCUGUUAAUGAGGCCAACUUUAUGCUGCGGGUGAAGAACUCAAAGUCACUCGAUUUUGAACAGUUCACCGAGGUCAAUUUUACCAUAUUUGCGAGGGAGGUUGACGAGCCCAGUCGAUGGAGUUCCGCUCAUGUGCAGAUUUUUAUAAGAGAUCAGAACGACAACUUCCCGGAGUUCAGUCAGACGAUCUAUAAUGCCAGUGUGUUGGAGAACAGUGAACAGGACACGAUUAUAACCCAAGUACAGGCGGUGGAUGUGGAUUCGGGGGAUUACGGAACUAUGGGCAUACGAUACACCAACCUCAGAGGAGGCAUAGCUCACUUACUCAAUCUGAACCCUAUAACCGGAGUCAUAACUAUCAAGCAAGCAGGUGGCACAGCCUUCGACCGUGAGAUCAUUUCCCGGCACUAUCUCACCGUAGAAGCCAUCGAUAGCGCUGGUCAGGGUAACAGGAAUACGGCCCAAAUUAUCGUGGACAUUCUGGAUGUCAAUGAUAAUGCUCCAACUUUUCCCCAGCGACAAUACGAGACCAAGUUGCUGGAGAACCAGGCCGAGUUUGAGACGCCCUUGCAAUUGGAGGCUAGAGAUGCUGACCUCAAUGGCACGGAGAAUAGCCAGGUGACCUACGAGAUUGUGGAGGGCAUGUACCGCUCGAACUUCACCAUAGAUCCGCAGAGUGGCCUGCUGCGACCGGUGCACCGUUUUGACUUCGAGGAGCUGGUUGAACGAAGCAGUGGAAGCAGGAGUGAUCCCCAGGCGGGAGGAUCUUCAAGCAUCCGGGAGAUCGAUCUCUUGGUGAGAGCUCGCGAUUCCGGCAUUCCCAUGCUCUCCACAGUAGUUCCUGUGCUAAUUUACGUGCAGGAUGUGAACGACAAUGCGCCCAUAUUCCAGCGCAGUUUCUACGCAAAAACUAUUCCCGAGGAUCUGCCGGGUGGGAGCUCGGUGCUCCAGGUUACAGCUGUAGAUCGAGAUGGAUCCUCGCCCAACAACGCUGUGGUCUAUCGCAUACAAACUGGAGCCAGCGACAAGUUUAUCAUUAACUCAGAAACGGGCGUUAUAUCGGUGGCUCAGGGAGCCAAUCUAGAUCCAGAUCUUACGGACAGCAAGAGAUCGCUUUAUACCCUCUCAGUGAUUGCUCUAGAUGGCGGCUUGGGCAACUCCCAACUUAUGACAACUUGUACGGUGAACAUCAGCAUUCAGGAUGUGAAUAACAAGCCCCCUGUUCUAACUGAAAUGCCCGCUUUGAAGAUCGUGGAGAACACUCCUGUGGGCACACUGGUCUAUCGUAUCCGGGCAACGGACUUAGACCAGAAGGCCAUCCUGCGGUACAAACUGAACCCGGAACACUGUGAAGGUCGCAGUGAGGAGGGCGCGUUGGUAAAAGCCAGCGAGUACGACUUUCUGGGCGCAUUUGAGGUGGAUCCCAUCGAGGGAAGCCUCAAGGUGAUCAAACUGUUAGAUCGCGAAAGGGUGGAGCACAUUAAACUGGCCACUACGGUGGAGGAUCUGGCUGCUGCUAAAGGCAGACAGAUUGCUGAAGGUUUCCUGAGCAUCCAAGUGCUGGAUGAAAACGACAAUAACCCCAAGUUCCGACUGCCCUUCUACCGCCAAUCUAUAACAGAGAAUAGCAUAAACGGAGCCAUGAUUGUGAAUGUGCUGGCCGCUGAUGUGGAUAAAAAUCGUACCAUAACCUAUGCCCUGGAGGGGAAUCCCACCUAUCGGUCACUGAUGCACCUGGAUGCCCAGACGGGGGAGAUUGUGGUGGCCAGCAAGAUUGAUCAUGAGCAGCACCAGUGGCUCAACUUCAGUGUGAGGGCCACGGACUCCGGAGUGCCAGCCAGAUCCUCACUUGUUGAUGUUUAUAUAACAGUUCUGGAUGAGAACGAUAACAAUCCCUACUUUGUGGGUGGCAGCAAGAACUAUACGAUCAGUGAGAAUGCACCACCUGGAACCAGAGUGGCCACUCUGCAGGCUGGGGAUGCGGAUUCGGGUGACUUUGGCAAGAUCACCUUCCUGAUGGAUCGCAUCAGUUCGCAGGGAAAGUUCACCAUAGAUGCGGAUACUGGGGUGCUAACGGUGGCCGAUCGCCUGGAUAGGGAGUCGAAGGACUCCUACAACCUGGUGAUCGAGGCCUGGGACAACUAUCAAUUCGGUUUCCUGGCCGGAGAAAGUCGGAAUGCCUUUAAGCAGGUCUUCAUUUCCCUACUGGAUGAAAAUGAUAAUCCUCCGGAGGUUAGCCUGCCCGUCAGUUGUGUCCUAAUCACCGAGUAUCAUGAGCUACAUGAGCGAGUUGCAAGUAUAGUGGGUAAGGAUGCUGAUGAUCCGAGUACCCCUAAUGGAAGACUGGACUUCGCCAUCACGCAGGGCAAUAAAGACGGCAUGUUCGAACUGCGUCAGCUAGACGCUUGGAAUGCCCAGAUCUUCGCUAGCAAGAGUCUGCGCAAUAGGUUUGGAAACUAUAGCCUCACGAUAACCACCCGAGAUAUGGGUCUACCGGCAAAUAUUGUACAUAGCACGCUGGACAUUUGCGUAUCUGAUUUCAAUGAUCACGCACCGGUUUUUGUGAGACCACUACAUAACACAACUGUUCGGAUUCCGGAAAACGCAACUGUCGGCACUCUGAUACUCCAGGCUUUUGCCAGUGACGCAGAUAUGGGCCAGAAUGCUUUGGUUAGAUAUCGCCUCAAACCCGAUCCCUUGGGGAGCUAUAAGAUGUUUGAGGUGAACGCCAACUCAGGCGAACUCUUCCUACGAGAGCCACUGAAUCGUGAAAAGCAGAAGAUUCAUGAGAUCCGCAUAGAAGCCUACGAUCAGGGACUACCCACCUCGCUUAGUUCCGACUUGGACCUCACCAUCUAUGUGCGGAAUGUAAACGAUUACGAACCGCAAUUUAUUGUUAACGAAAUAUCCGUGAACUUUACGGAGCACUCAGAUCCAGGAUCGGAAAGGAUAAAGCUACCCGACACCAUAGACAAGGAUCAGUUGGAACUGGACGACCCGAAUGAUACACCGAGUCAAGUGUGCUACUUUAUAGUGAGUGGAAAUGAGGCGGGAUAUUUCCGAAUCGAUCCCGAGUCUCACAUACUGACUGUUGAUCGCGAACUGGAUCGUGAGGUGAUGGCGAAUUUUACGCUUUAUGUUCGGGCCACUGAGAACUGUGGAAAUGAUUCUCUUACUGGCGGUGGAAAACGUCGUCGUAUGGGUAUCGAGAUCAACAACAGAUUGGGAGGCUUUUUGCAUAAUCAGCAGAUUGGAUAUGAUCGCUUUAAACAUUCCCGCCAACUGAGAUCGCCGGAAACUAACGAGUACGAAGCCGAGGAUGGAGAGAUGGCAUCAUAUGAGACCUAUGACAGCAGUCAGGAGGAUCAAUCUGGCGCAUUAGCACCUACUCACCCAGAAUCCGAUAGCACUGUGGUGAAGGUUAAGGUGCGAGUGCUGGAUAUCAAUGAUAAUCCGCCGCGGUUCCGUUCCAAGAUCUUUACUGGUGGAAUAACGACAAAUGCGGAUUUUGGUUUGAAGUUCAUGAGGGUGGAGGCCACGGAUGCUGAUGAGGGGGAGAACGGAAAGAUUGGAUACUACCAGGUUGGUGAGAUCCGUCAGACUCUCUCCGAAGGACUGGAGAAUGUGCGCAAAGCGCCUUUUCUUCUCGAUCAGGAAACGGGAGAGGUACAGCUAAACUUUGACCCGCAGAAGGGUAUGAAAGGGUAUUUCGAUUUCGUGGUCUUAGCCAAUGAUACAUCGGGAAUGAAGGAUGUGGCCCAUGUGUUUAUCUACUUAUUGAGAGAGGACCAGAAGGUGCGCUUUGUGUUCAGACUUCAGCCGGAUGAACUACGAUCUCGAGUGGACUCUUUCAGGGAUACCCUGGGCAACAUCACUGAAUCCAUUGUCAACAUAGAUGAGAUUAAGGUCCAUGAGAACAAGGAUGGUUCGGUGGACAAAACGAAAACAGAUCUGUAUAUGCAUCUAGUCGAGCGCGAAGACAACUCCAUUUAUGAUGUAACCGAGGUGCUCAAGCUGAUUGACUCACACAUCGAAAGCCUGGAUGGUCUUUUUAAGGAGCUUAAUGUGCUGGACACGCAGGCGGCGGAGGCUCAGCUCCUGACCGCCGGACCCACCCGGGGACCAUUAUUCGUGUGGCUGGUGUUUACCAACCUAUUCCUGGCCACUCUCCUGGUGGUCACCAUUGCCCUUUGUGCCUCGCAGAGGAACGGGUACCGCAGGCAGCUCAGAGCUGCGAAAGUCAAUAUAUUCCGUGGUCACUCCUCGAUGUCCCUGCAACAUCCCCAGGAGCCCGCUACUCGUGUGCCGAAUACCAACAAGCACAGCGUCCAAGGGUCAAAUCCCAUUUGGCUGAAGGGUUACGACAACGAGUGGUUCAAAUCAGAGGAGACUGGCAGUAUUGGUGGCCACGACUCACUAGAUGAUAACUUUCUGGCCGUGGCUACGCAGGACAUGCACGAAACCCUCAAGGGAACCGCGAAGUUAUUCAACAACAGCAAUGAUCUAAAUCGACACUUUAAUUUGUACAACCAAAUCGACAAGUUGACCAACAAUGCUCAAAUCCUGGCCCGAAAACUGGAGACCACGGAAUUAUAGCACAAACAGUCUGCACUAUUUAUUGUACUUAGACUAGGCUAGGUUAGGAUAAGCUCGUACAACCCAUGUAAAUAUAUCGGAGCUCUAAUUACAGUUUUAGUCCUGCUAUGUCCUACGGCAUGCAACUUCGUACAAAAUAAGGAACCUAUAUCAAGUAAAAAGUAAUUAUCAGA